GACAGGGACUUGGACUGUCAUCUGGAGGAAGCGAGAGAAGCAGGGCAGAGCUUGCCUGAGACCCAGGUCACUGAUUGGCUGAUCCAGCUGCUGCUUGGACUCCACUACAUGCAUAACAGGCGCAUCCUCCACAGAGAUCUGAAGGCCAAAAAUAUCUUCCUGAAAAGGAACAUAGUUAAAAUCGGUGAUUUUGGGGUGUCCUGUCUGCUGAUGGGGUCAUGUGACCUGGCCACCACCUUCACGGGCACGCCUUACUACAUGAGCCCUGAAGUCCUGAACCACCACGGUUACGACUCCAAGUCUGAUAUCUGGGCCAUAGGCUGUAUCCUGUAUGAGAUGUGUUGCCUGUCACAUGCCUUUGAAGGACACAACUUCUUGUCAGUUGUGAUGAAGAUAGUGGAGGGAGAAACCCCCAGACUGACAGACAGAUACUCUCUGGAGCUCAACACACUCAUGCAAAGGAUGCUGGAGAAAACCCCGUCAUCCAGGCUCUCUGCUACAGAAGCUCUGAAGACAAAAUUCAUUGAGGACAGUAUGCAGAUCUUAAAACACAAGUUCUGUAGUCUGACACUGAGAGACAAGACAUCAGCGGGAGAAAGAGACGCAGCACAGAUAUUGAAAGCGGUGCAGAGAAAGGUGCACCUUCAGACACUGAGGGAGAAAUCAGAGCUAGACAGAAUGACCCCCAGGGAGAGAAUGAGGCUGAGGAAGCUGCAGGCUGCCGACGACAAGGCCAGGAGGCUUAGGAGACUUGCUGAGGAGAAAUACCAGGAAAACCACUUCCGAAUGCAGGAGCUGAGGAGCCGCCAUUUCGAGAAAGUCAGUUUGGACGUCUUGAAUGAGAGUGCAGGAGAUGCAGCCCACCAGACUACACCAAUCACAGCUGAGGACUACCGGUCGCUGGGUUGCUCACAACCAAAGGGAAGGCAGCAGCAGGACAUGAUGCGAAUGUCUGAGCCAGUAGGGCGUGGUGAGUAUACUUCCUUCUUCCUGCAGUACGUCUUGGUUGGCCUGCAGUACAUCUUGGUUGGCCUGCAGUACAUCUUGGAUGGCCUGCACUACAUCUUGGUUGGCCUGCAGUACAUCUUGGUUGGCCUGCAGUACAUCUUGGUUGGCCUGCAGUACAUCUUGGUUGGCCUGCAGUACGUCUUGGUUGGCCUGCAGUACAUCUUGGAUGGCCUGCAGUGCAUCUUGGAUGGCCUGCACUACAUCUUGGUUGGCCUGCAGUACAUCUUGGAUGGCCUGCACUACAUCUUGGUUGGCCUGCAGUACGUCUUGGUUGGCCUGCAGUAUAUCUUGGUUGGCCUGCAGUACAUCCAG